AUGGAUCGUAGUUGGAUGAGAGCUAAUCGAUUAAGUGAUGAGUUUGAUAAUGGAGUGGUUGAAUUUCUAGAAUUUGCUGAAAAGAAUCUUCCGAACAAUAAGGGAGUUUUUCCAUGUCCUUGUGUUUCUUGUGGGAACCGGGACCCAAAACUUACUAAGGAUGAAAUAAGGGACCAUCUAGCUUGGAGAGGGAUUUGUCAAAAUUAUACACAAUGGAUAUGGCAUGGUGAAGUAGUAAUGCCAAGUGUAUCACAAAGAGAGAAAGUAUGUGUAGAUAUGGAUGAUCGGCUGGAAGACAUGAUACAUGAUAUUGGAGAAGAAUCAUUUAAGAGAGCGCAUGUGUAUGAUACUUUAUGUAAAGACAAGGAAGAACCUUUGUACCCGGGAUGCACAAACUUUACACGGUUGUCAGCUGUGUUAAGAUUGUUUAAUUUGAAGGCGAAAAAUGGAUGGAGUGAUAAAAGUUUCACUGAUUUGCUUGGAUUGUUGAAAGAAAUGCUUCCAGAAGGUAACACAAUGCCGAAUCUUCAUUAUGAAGCCAAGAAAGUAUUGUGUCCGAUGGGGAUGGAGUAUGAAAAAAUACAUGCAUGCCCUAAUGAUUGCAUCUUAUACAGAAAAGAGUUUGAAAACUAUGAUCAUUGUCCGAAGUGCAAGGCGUCACGCUACAAAAAGAAAGAUGGUGAUUCCAGUGAUGAUGUGAGCACAAAGGGUCCUCCUGCAAAAGUGUUAUGGUACCUACCAAUAAUUUCAAGGUUCAAGAGAUUGUUCUCUAAUGCAAAUGACGCAAAGAACCUUAGAUGGCAUGCAGAAGAGAGAAAUGAAGAUGGAAAAAUUCGCCAUGUAGCUGAUUCUUUGCAAUGGAAGAAAAUUGAUUUGAAGUUUCAAAGUUUUGGCAAAGAGUCGAGAAACCUUAGACUUGGACUUGCUACCGAUGGAAUGAAUCCGUAUGGUAGUCUAAGUUGUAACCAUAGUUCAUGGCCUGUUCUCUUGAUAAUUUACAACCUAUCUCCUUUGCUGUGCAUGAAGCGUAAAUAUAUGACGUUAUCUAUGAUGAUUCCGGGCCCAAAACAACCAGGAAACGACAUAGAUGUUUAUCUAAGUCCAUUGAUUGAUGAUUUAAGAUUGUUGUGGGAGCAAGGAGUUGAUGUUCUUGAUGCGUAUUCUGGUGAACAUUUCAAUAUGCGUGCCAUGUUGUUUUGCACCAUCAACGACUUUCCGGCAUACGGUAAUUUGUCUGGUUCCAGCAUUAAAGGGCAUAAAGCGUGUCCUAUAUGUGAGAAAGAUACAAGUUACCAUCAGCUUAAUCAUGGAAGGAAGACCGUUUAUCUUGGGCAUCGGAAAUUUUUAGACCGUCAUCAUCCAUAUCGUAAAUUGAAGAAAGCUUUCAACGGAAAAUCAGAGUAUGGUGUUGCGCCAAAACCCUUGACUGGAGAGGAAGUUUAUCAACGACAACAACAUGUGAAGGUUAUCUUUGGAAAGAAACAAAAGAAGCCUGCUGAAAAAAAUGUAUGGAAAAAGAGGUCGGUGUUCUUUGAUCUUCCAUAUUGGUCAAGUGUUGAUGUAAGACAUUGUAUUGAUUUGAUGCAUGUAGAGAAAAAUGUUUGUGAAAGUCUAAUUGGCACACUUCUUCACAUUAAUGGCAAGACAAAAGAUGGGUUAAGUGCUCGUUAA